AUGAACUCAAUUGGAAACGCUGUGACUAGCGCAUUUGGUCAGUCGCAGAGUCAAACCAAUGACAUUGUUGUCAUGAUGACCAAACACGACAAUGUCAUUCGAUCAUUACUGGAACAGAUCUUGGUCAAACUGGACUCUGAUUGCUCACCAACACAUGCAGUUGUUAUACCAGUUGUGGUAUUCGAAACCAUUUCCACGACUGUGAAUACCACCGCAACAGUGACUGUGUUUUGUCCACAAAGUCAAUCCAAGUUGUUCAUAUGCGACAACAGCACGUUGCCCACACAUGCAGACUGUCGAUACGGAAUGCCAAGCAACAAUCAACUUAUUCCGUAG